UCAGGUUUAAGGGUUAGCCAAAGUACGGAAAUACAGUACAUUUAAGCCUUCUCAAUCUCGUGCAAAGUCAUUAACUUCAAUCCAGAUUCAGUACUCAAAUUGAUCAUCAUCUCUCUCUCAGCCAUGGUUGAUCUCGAGCUCGCAGCUUCUCUGCUUCUCUGCCUUCUUCCUCUGCUUUUCUUGAUCCUCGGCAAGUUCAUUUCUUCUUCGUCAACAUCAGGGUAUCCGAGAAGAUACCCACUCGUAGGAUCUUUCUUCGCAAUCUAUGCGAAUAGGAACCGAAGAGUUCAGUGGUUGUCGGACAUGGUGAGGAGCACGCCCACUUCGACGUUCGUCCUGAACCUCCCGCUGGGCCGCCGCCAAGUCUUCACAGCCAACGCGGCCAACGUCCAGCACACGCUCAAGACCCACUUCUUCAACUACCAGAAAGGCGACGUUUCCCGGAUGAUCAUCUUCGACUUACUCGGCGACGGCAUCUUCAACGCCAACGGCGAGACCUGGAAGUUCCAGAGACAAGUAGCUAGCCACGAGUUCAACACCAAAUCGCUCCGCAAAUUCGUGGAGACAGUGGUGGACGCCGAGCUCUCCGACCGCCUCAUCCCAAUCCUCUCCGCCGCCGCCGCCAAUGGCGAUGUUCUUGACCUUCAGGACAUUCUCCAGAGAUUCGCGUUUGACAACAUUUGUAAAAUCGCUUUCGGAUUUGAUGCAGCCCAUUUGUUACCUUCUCUACCUGAAACCAAAUUCGCCAAAGCUUUUGAAAGCGCGGUUAUGAUCAGCAGCAAGAGGUUCCAAGCGAUUCAUCCUGUGGUGUGGAAAAUCAAGCGUUUUCUCGACGUCGGGUCGGAGAAGCAGCUUCGGGUUGCUGUGGACGAAGUUCGUAGAUUCGCUAUGGAAGUCAUCAAAGAGAAGAAAGAGGAACUGAGGGAAAAGUCGUUUUUAGAGUCCCCUGAUCUUUUGUCGAGAUUCUUGAGUUCGGGGCAUUCAGACGAAACCUUCGUGGCAGAUAUAGUCAUCAGCUUCAUUUUGGCCGGCCGCGACACCACCUCCGCCGCCUUGAUAUGGUUCUUCUGGCUGGUCGCCAAACACCCAGAAGUCGAAACCGAGAUUCUCAGAGAAAUCAAUGACAAAUCAGAAGCUACCAUUUACGAGGAAGUGAAGGACAUGGCUUACACGCAGGCUGCGCUGAGCGAGAGCAUGAGGCUCUACCCGCCGGUCCCCAUCGACGGAAAAACAGCCAUGGGAGACGACGUGCUGCCGGACGGGACGGUUGUCAAGAAAGGCAUGGCCGUGUCUUACCAUCCGUACGCAAUGGGGAGAUCGGAGGAGCUAUGGGGGACGGACUGGCCGGAAUUCCGUCCGGAGAGGUGGCUGCGGAAGGCCGGCCCGGCCGGAAAAUGGAGCUACGUGCCGAGAGACCCGUAUGAGUACCCAGUGUUUCAUGCGGGACCGAGGGUUUGCCUGGGGAAGGAGAUGGCGUACUUGCAGAUGAAGAGAGUGGUCGCCGGUGUUUUGCGGCGAUUCCGGGUGGUGCCGGCACUGGAGGAAGGGGCGGAGCCGGUCUUCGUAUCGUAUUUGACGUCGAAGAUGGAGGGCGGUUUUCCGGUGAGGAUCAAGGAGAGGGGCGCCGGGAGGUUGUGAGUUGCUUAAUUAUAAACUAGUGUUAAACCCGUGCAACGAGAAUAAAGUGUAAUCACUUGGUGAUUUCGGUGGUAAUUAUUUAUGAAAGUUAAUUGAUUAUAAUUAAAU